AUGAGCGUGGUAGGGUACUUGAAGGAUGUCAGCGAACCCGAGAACUACCACGAGCUGUACGAAGGGAGGACAACAGUAGGUCGAGCUGAUGGAAAUGACAUCAAGAUCCUCAGCCGCUCUGUCAGCGGUCAGCAUGCAGCGUUGGAGAUCGAUCUGUCGACCAGACCACCAAGAAUGGUGUUGCAAGACUUAGGGUCGAGGAAUGCCACGUUUCUCAACGACAUUCGGCUUGUCAGCGUAUCGCGGCCGUUCGAGUGGAACGACACAGUUCGCUUCGGCUACGACACGUGCACCUACCGCCUCGUCGAGACUCUUGAGCAGCAGCCGCCACGAGAGCGCAAGCAUGAAACCUCCGUCUCCGCACACCUGCUUCCUCCUGCUGGGAUCCCUUCCGUCACUGAGAUGGACCUCAAUCGAUCCGUCCGCUCUGUCUCCUCCCCUCCGAGGGAUGCGCGACGUGGCAACAGGAACGAGCCAGACGGGCUGGUGGAAGUAGCACAGGACAUACCGUACAGCAGGGACAGGCGGGAGCAGCAAGGCGACGGGCGAGGCGGGCAGAAGCGAGAAGAGUUUGAAGGCAUCGGGUUCCCAUCGGAGGAUGUGGAGGAGCCCAAGAGGGCGAAGCCCAAGGGGAGAAGCCGCUCAAACGAGCCGGCAGCGAGCUCAAGAGCGCCUGAGCGAGCAGAGGCCUUCGUGCGUCGACGAGAUGAGGAGGAUGAUUACGGGGGGAGAGACUACCUCCCCGAUGCUACCGACACCAAGUUGCUCGAGAAGAGGAUUCAAGAACUUGAGCGAAAUGCUGCGAACCCUCAGCGUGUUCAGCAGACUCAAGAAAUCGUCACAAGACAAGAAGAAUUUCACAACAAUCAUCAGACAGCGAUGAAUGCAAUGCCACAAGCAUUUGCGAGCGGCAACCUGAACUUUCAGACAAUUCCUGCUGCUCCUCGUUUCGCCAUGUCGUUAGGGAACAGCAAAGACAUCGAAGAGAUCAUUCAGGAGGAGGAGAAGAAGAUGCAAGCCGAGCUCGAGAAGAGGAGGAACGACUUGAAUCUGACGGGCAACUUCAACGGAAAAGAUGAGACUUUGACCGGCAACGUGAUGGACCACGGGGAUGAUAGAGAGUUGCAGAUCAAAGCAUUGGUCGCCCAGCUCAGCCAGAAGGAGCGGCAGCUAGAGGAGAUUCAAAGCGACGACCUUGCUCGGUGUCUGCUUGACACUCAGGACAACGAGGUCCAGCGACUAAGGAUGCAGUUGAAGGAGCUCAGUUCGGGUCACCCUGAGGCUUUCGACAACGUCAUCCUUGAUAGCAACUCAGAGUGCUUGAGGCUACGGAGAGAGAUUGACGAGCUCAAGUCUCGAGACUUGGAAGCCUCGAGGAGAUGGAGCGAGCAGCAGGCUCAGCUUGCGAGCUUCGCCUCCCGCGUGAAAGAGUUGGAGCUGCAGCUAGCUCGUCAGUGGGAUGCAGCUGAGGUCGAUGCAGUAGCACGAGACUCAGAGAUCAGAGCGAUGAAUGAGAGGAUGCAAGAGAUAGUCGGUUCCUCGGACCCUUCCAAGAUGCAAGCUGCAAAGUUCUUAGUGGAUCAGGUCACGGAGCAGGAGAAGGCCAUGAGGCUGCAGAAGCAGCACGUCAUGCAGCUGGAAGCGAGACUAAUGGAGCUCAAGUCAGAGAACGAGUUUCUUAAGAACCAGCUCGGGACCGAUGAAUAUGACAAGUCCAACUCCUCGUCUCUGCUGCGCCUCAAGGAUCAGCUCACCGAACUACGUGCACAGGGUUCGGUGCAGAGGGUGGCAGAGCUGGAGGAGACUCGAGAUCGUCUCUUCGUCGAUCUCCAGCUGGCAAAGGAGGAGAUCGAAGCCCUCAAGCAGACUAAAGAGAAGCUCGUCGAGACCGCGGAAUAUGUCAAGGAUGUCAAAUCAUCUAAUGACCAGGUACGGGCGUCAUACAUCAAGAGCCUGGAGGAGGAGAGGAUGCGACUGGAGAAGGAGAAGAGUGACUGGGAGCAGGAGGAGCAGGCGAAGAGGAUCGAACACUACGAGAUGAAGGAGGCAUUGAAUCGAGCGAGGCAGAGCAGGGGCAUGUACUCGCAACCUGAUCCCUUCCGAAACCAAGCGGGAACCGAGUAG